GCAGAACUGACUUCCGAAGCAGACGCGGAAGUGCAAGGAGGCACCAGGAGCCGGGUUGGCUGCUGGGUUUCUGGCUCCGCUGUGUCCUUCAGGGACGUUCUGGGGCGGUCGGUUCCUAGAGGCCCGCAUCCGCCAGCCCAGACCCGUACGAAGCCGGCGCUUGAGGCCGCUCUGAGUCCGAGGAGCUGAUGCAGGCCGCGCCCUGGAGCCCCCGUAGCGGGGCCGGACCAUGAGCCUGCUGGGCGGCCUGGCUUCCUCGCCGCGGGCCCCGCUGCAAUCCAGCAGGGCCAGGAUGAAAAAGCUCCCGAAGAAGAGCCAGAACGAGAAGUACCGGCUCAAGUACCUGCGGCUGCGCAAGGCGGCCAAAGCCACGGUGUUUGAAAAUGCUGCUAUUUGUGAUGAAAUUGCUCGUCUUGAGGAAAAAUUUCUUAAAGCAAAAGAAGAAAGACGGUACUUGCUAAAGAAGCUCCUCCAGCUUCAGGCUCUAACUGAAGGGGAAGUACAGGCUGCCGCUCCUUCCCACAGCUCCAGUUUGCCCCUGACCUAUGGUGUGGCCAGCUCUGUGGGAACUGUACAGGGAGCAGGGCCGAUUUCUGGGCCAAGCACUGGAGCUGAGGAACCAUUUGGGAAGAAAUCCAAGAAGGAGAAAAAAGAAAAAGGCAAAGAGAACAACAAAUUGGAAGUUCUGAAGAAAACAUCCAAGAAAAAGAAAAUGGAGGGAGGUGCUCGCAAGCUGGUUCAGCCCAUUGCCCUGGAUCCCUCAGGACGGCCUGUGUUCCCCAUCGGACUGGGGGGUCUAACAGUAUAUAGCCUGGGGGAGAUCAUCACCGACCGACCUGGCUUUCAUGACGAGAGUGCCAUCUACCCUGUGGGCUACUGCAGUACUCGGAUAUAUGCCAGCAUGCAGCACCCAGACCAAGAGUGUCUGUACACAUGUCAGAUCAAGGAUGGUGGCACGGGUCCCCAGUUUGAAAUUGUUCCUGAAGAUGACCCCCAGAAUGCCAUUGUCAGCUCUUCCGCAGAUGCCUGUCAUGCCGAACUGCUCAAGACCAUAAGUGCUGCCAUGGGGAAACUAAUGCCCAACGUGCUUCCAUCCGGAGCUGAUUUUUUUGGGUUUUCUCAUCCAGCCAUCCACAACCUGAUCCAGAGUUGUCCAGGAGCUCGAAAAUGCGUCAGUUACCAGUGGGUGAAGUUUGAUGUGUGCAAACCUGGAGAUGGGCCACCGCCCCAAAGGCAGCUGGAGGAUGACUCAGCAACAAGCUUUGAAGCCUUUCAGAGACAGACCUUCGGUGAAGAUCAUAAUGAUCCCAUUCUACAAGGAUCCUUGGACCUCCCGGAGCUUCAGCCUACAGCCUUUGUGUCUUCCUACCAACCCAUGUUCCUGACACACGAACCAUUGGUAGAAACUCACCUACAACACUUGAAGUCUCCAUCGCAUUGUAGCCCAACUCAGUCUUCAGACUAAACAAGAAGGGAUCAGAUACCACAUCAUCUUUAACAUGAUCAGUUUUGUUAACUUAAAACUUAGACUAGAAGAAGGCAGCAACUCAGGAGUGAAGAUAGUAAAUUAACACAUUGUGUCAAGGAGGUUCCCAUGGUGACAGCUUUCCUGAGAAAAAUUUCAGCUGCUUUAUUUUUAGUAAUAAAUUUCUCUUGAAAAUUCUGCUUAUUUUCAUCUUGCAAUCAGGAUAUAAUCUUUUUGCUUAGCUCUGCCUGAGGUAGAGUGAACUUAGGUCCUUUAUAAACCGGAGAUAGCUGCUGACUCAUGAAGAAAAGAGUAAGAUUCUAACAUCCUUCUACCCUUGAUUCUGAUCGUAGUUCAGUGUUAAGUUUCCCAGACCUAACUACCAGCUGCUGCUUUAUUUUCCUGUCAGUGUCAUAGAAUCAAAUCCUGCUUAUCCCAGUCCAAGGCCCACACUGUUCAUCUUGUUCACAUUUCACACAUUCUUCCAGGGGAUCUAAAAACCCUCUCUAACGCUUUAUACAUCCCGUUUAUGGUUCCUUACUGGAUAAUGUGCUUUUAGCUAAAUACAUUGAAACUGCAGGAUAACACAGAUUUAGUUAGGACAUGAACGGGGAUUGGUUCCCAUCCUCCAUAACAGACUCACCCCAUCAGCUCAUUAAAUCCACUGUAAUAACUUUG